CAUGUCCUACCCGGGUAGUGACGUCAUUUGCAUCUGCUUCGCCGUGGACAACAGGGACUCCUUUGAGAACAUCACAUAAAAGUGGAUCCCAAAACUUCAACACCACAUCCCAAAUGUGCCUAAAAUGCUUGUGGCGUGUAAAACAGACCUGCGAUAUACAAGCACUGGGGAUUAUGUGACGUAUGCUUAGGGGUCAAAGGUCGCCCAAGAUUGGGACUACGGUACCAAGAAACCAGUGCUUUGACUCGAGACGGACUUACGGCAUGCUUUAAUAGAGCGAUCAUAGAAGCCAAUCAAGGGAUUGUAGCACGCCGGAGGAAGAAAGACCGAUUACAUUUUUUAGGAGACCGAAGAAAGAGAUUCCUAACCCACCCACACUGCCACCAGCAGAAAAGGCCCCUCGGGUUGAGGUAGAAGCUUCCCGGUUCGCUGACGACUGGCGUGGGAUGCUGGAGAAACCCCGAAAUUAUGAUGUGACAUUUAUACUCGGCGGAGGUCAGCGGCUAGAGGCUAAUACACUUGUACUGUGUUCGUCCUCGUCGUUCUUCUGUCGGGUCUUCGGGAUGACGCGCUAUGAUCAGAAUGACCAAAAGAAAAAAUUCGGUCGCUUGGAACCAUUCUCAAUGGAGGAUAUCUGCUGUAUAUGGAAAAGGGACGAUCAUCUGUGCCAAAGGUCAACGUCGGCGCCACACAGUUAUAAAGCUGGCUUCUGAUAUUACAUAUACAACGUUUACUCAAGUGCUGGCAUUUCUAUACACGGGUACGUACAUAACUAACGGAUACAGUACAGCAAGUUCAAGGUAACAGACGGGUUUUUUGUCACAUGGACUUUUCACAUGCUUGGAAAGCAUAAAAUAUUAAUAAAAUAUUAAUAAAUUAGUAACUAAAGAGCUAUAACAAAUUACUAGCCAAAAUAUACCCCAUCAUCAGUAAAAUUAGCAUUGACUCAUACUGCUCGAUUGUAAAUUAUUAAUACUCUUUCAUACUUUUACUUAUCCUGAACACAGAGUUACACAUUAUGAUUGUAACACAUUAUUGUUUCGACAGUGUGUCGUUUUCUCACACUGCUAUUGUUUUGUAUGGUAUAUAAUAUAACAUGGAGCUUCAAAUAAAUCAUGUUUUGAUUAUAUACCAGGUCAGACGAUUUAUGCCAACAAAGUCGUCUUAUGUGCACGAUGUCGAGCCAUGGCGACUAUGUUCGGGGGUGGAUAUUCCUGCAACAUCCGUGGAGUGUUUUCUGGCCCUACUGGAGUACCUGUACACCGAUCACUCACCCAUACAGGAGGUCGACGUCAUGGGACUCAUUGUUCUCGCGGAUUUAUACGAUCAGAAAGGGCUCAUGAAUAUCUGUGAACUAUACGUUACGAAAGAAGUCGAUAGAAGCGUAACCAAACGAAUAGAACAGGCUGAGAUUGACGUCAUAGGAUUAAUUUUAACAUCACAGAUGUACAACGCCAACCAAUUGACCGCAUGGUGCUUGCACUUCAUCUCCAGUAAUUAUACAGCAUUCAAACGCAAGCCUGAAUUCGAUCAGCUCAAGGGAGAUAACUUAGACAUAGUGAAGAAAAGACAAUGGCCUCCCAGUUCCUAUCUCGAAGAAGUUGCAGAAUUCGACAAGAAAUGGGCAGGAAAUGGCGUAGAAUGUUUCUUGAUGUGACACAAUUACAGUGCGUCACUGUUUGUUAUUGGUAUUUAUUUGUUAUUGAUUAAUGUGUUUGUUAUUGUUAAUGUUAAGAUAUACAUGUAUAUAUUUUGGGAAGAAAUAAAAAAGAGGUUAAUUUACGGAAGCAAGUAUCUGAAUUGGUCGACUUUCACGUUUGUAGUGUUGUAUAGGUUUGAUAUACCUUCAUUGAACAAAUAGCUCAAGUAUUUACAAAGUUAACCUCGAUGCAGAGACGAAAUCAGGACACUGUUUCGGUAGCGUUGUUUUUCAUGGAUUUGGAUUAAGUUCAUAGGGAUAAGCAUCCUGUUAACAGCUAUGG